GGAGGGGGCCGUUCGCCAGCUCCGAGGCAGAAAGUGCCACGACUCCACACGCGCGCACGCAGCCAGCGAGCGGCCGGAGCGGACGGCGGACGGGGCGGACGGCGCCGGGGUCGCGGUGUGUGCAGCUGCUCAGGGGCGGCUUCUCGGCGGAGGCUCGGCCGGCUCCUCUCUCGCAGUUCCGCGGCGGCGGCGGCGGCGGCGGCUGCUCUUGCCCUCUCGCUCUCCCUCUCGCGUCUCCCGUUGCAGGUGGAAAGCAAGCCAGCCAAGAUGGAUGUCUACGACACUCAGACCUUGGGGGUUGUGGUCUUUGGCGGGUUUAUGGUUGUCUCCGCCAUCGGCAUCUUCCUGGUGUCAACCUUCUCCAUGAAGGAGACAUCGUAUGAAGAAGCCCUUGCCAACCAGCGCAAGGAGAUGGCAAAAACUCAUCACCAGAAAGGAGAAAAGAAAAAGAAGGAGAAAACUGUGGAGAAGAAAGGAAAGACCAAGAAAAAGGAAGAUAAGCCGAAUGGGAAGAUACCUGACCAUGACCUGGAUCCCAACGUGACCAUCAUCCUCAAGGAACCAGUGCGUGUACCUGCGAUGGCUGUGUCUCCAACUUCAGUACAUUCCUCUGUAAUCCACACCCCCAUAGCCACAGUAUCAGCCAUGCCCCAGGAAAAGCUGGCUUCCUCUCCUAAGGACAAAAAGAAGAAGGAGAAGAAAGUAGCAAAGGUGGAGCCAGCAGUCAGUUCUAUUGUGAAUUCCAUCCAGGUUCUUGCUUCAAAGUCUGCCAUCUUGGAAGCUACACCCAAGGAGGUGCCUAUGGUGGCUGUGCCCCCAGUGGGCUCCAAGGCCAGUGCUUCUGCCACCAGCAGUCAGGGCAAGAAGGGGGAGGGAGCACAGAACCAGGCCAAGAAGGGGGAGGGAGCUCAAAACCAGGGCAAGAAGACAGAGGGUGCCCAGAGUCAAAGCAAGAAGGUAGAGGUUCCCCAGAACCAGGCUAAGAAGGGGGAGGGGGCCCAGAGCCAGGCUAAGAAGGGGGAGGGCACCCAGAGCCAGGCUAAGAAGGGGGAGGGGGCCCAGAACCAAGCCAAGAAGGGGGAGGGUGGCCAGAACCAAGCCAAGAAGGGGGAGGGUGGCCAGAACCAGGCCAAGAAAGGAGAAGGGGCUCAGAACCAGGCUAAGAAGGGGGAGGGGGCUCAGAACCAAGCUAAGAAAGGAGAAGGGGCUCAGAACCAGGCCAAGAAAGGGGAGGGUGCCCAGAACCAGGCCAAGAAGGGAGAGGGCCCCCAGAACCAGGCCAAGAAGGCAGAGGGCCCCCAGAACCAGGCCAAGAAGGGGGCAGAGGGGACCCAAAAUCAGGGCAAAAAGGGGGAAACAAACCAAAACCAGGCCAAGAAAGGUGAGGGAGGCCAGAACCAAGCCAAGAAGGGGGAAGGGGCUCAGAAUCAGACCAAAAAGGGAGAGGGAGCCCAGAACCAGGCCAAGAAAGGGGAAGCAACUCAAAACCAGGGCAGAAAAAUGGAAGCAGCCCAGAACCAAGGCAAGAAGGCAGAGGGAACCCCAAACCAAGGCAAGAAAGGAGAAGGGACACAAAACCAGGCCAAAAAAGUAGAAGGAUCUCCUAACCAGGGCAAGAAAGGGGAGGGGUCCCAGAACCAGGCCAAGAAAGGAGAGGGUCCUCAGAACCAGGGCAAGAAAGGAGAGGGUCCUCAGAACCAGGGCAAGAAAGGAGAGAGUCCUCAAAACCAGGGCAAGAAAGGGGAGGGGUCCCAGAACCAGGCCAAGAAAGGGGAAGGGGCCCAGAACCAAGGUAAGAAAGGGGAGGGGUCUCCCAACCAAAGCACAAAAGUAGAGGGUAUGCAAAACCAGGGCAGAAAAGCAGAUGGAACCCCAAACCAGGGCAAUAACAUGGAGGGGGCCCAGAACCAGGGUAAAAAGGGGGAAGGGACCCAGAAUCAGAUGAAGAAGGGGGAAGGGACCCAAAACCAGGGUAAGAAAGGGGAGGGCCCUCAAAACCAGGGCAAAAAGGCAGAGGGGGUCCAAAGUCAGGGCAAGAAAGGGGAGGGGACCCAGAAUCAGGGCAAAAAGGGGGAUGGAAAUCCCAACCAAGGCAAGAAGGGUGAGGGGGUUCCCAACCAGAGCAGACAGACAGAUACAGUUGCUAAUCAGGGCACAAAGACAGAGGGUGUCUCAAACCAGGGGAAAAAGGCAGAGGGAGCCCAAAACCAAGGCAAAAAGGUAGAAGGGUCCCCCAACCAGGGCAAAAAGAUGGAUACAACUGCCAAUCAGGUUAAAAAGUCAGAGUCAGCUCCUGCCCAGGGGAAAAAUGCAGGAAUGGUCCAGAACCAGGAGGCACCAAAGCAAGAGGCGCCUGCAAAGAAGAAGUCAAAGAGAAAAGGAGAGCCUGGCCCCUCAGAUUGUGACAGCCCUCUCUGCCUGCCCUACAAGACGCUGGUCUCCACAGUUGGAAGCAUGGUGUUUAAUGAGGGCGAGGCCCAGCGCCUUAUUGAGAUCCUCUCCGAGAAGACUGGAGUCAUUCAGGAUACCUGGCACAAGGCUACUCAGAAGGGUGACCCAGUAGCAAUUCUGAAACGCCAACUAGAAGAGAAAGAAAAGCUACUGGCCACCGAGCAAGAGGAUGCGGCUGUUGCCAAGAGCAAACUAAGAGAGCUCAACAAGGAGAUGGCUUCAGAGAAGGCCAAGGCUGCGGCGGGGGAGGCCAAGGUGAAGAAACAGCUGGUAGCUCGGGAACAAGAGAUUGCAGCUGUGCAGGCUCGCAUGCAGGCCAGCUACCGGGACCAUGUGAAGGAGGUGCAGCAGCUUCAGGGCAAGAUCCGGACUCUUCAGGAGCAGCUGGAGAAUGGCCCUAACACCCAGCUGGCCCGCCUACAGCAGGAAAACUCCAUUUUGAGGGAUGCCUUGAACCAGGCCACCAGCCAGAUGGAAAGCAAGCAGAAUGCAGAACUGGCAAAACUCCGACAGGAGCUCAGCAAGGUCAACAAGGAGCUGGUGGAGAAGUCGGAGGCCUCUCGGCAGGAGGAGCAACAGCGGAAGGCUCUGGAAGCCAAGGCAGCCACCUUUGAGAAGCAGGUCCUACAGCUGCAGGCAUCCCACAAGGAGAGUGAAGAGGCCCUGCAGAAGCGCCUGGAGGAGGUCACUCGGGAGCUGUGCCGAGCAGAAAGUAGCCAUGCCAGCCUCCGGGCAGAUGCUGAGAAGGCCCAGGAGCAGCAGCAGCGGGUGGCAGAGUUGCACAGCAAAUUACAAUCCUCUGAGGUGGAGGUGAAAAGCAAGUGUGAGGAGCUGAGUAAUCUUCAGGGACAGCUCAAGGAAGCUAGGGCGGAGAAUGCACGGCUCACAGAGAGGAUCUGUUCCAUCGAGAGCCUUCUGCAAGCAAGCCAGGUGCAAGACACCCAGGCCAGUCAAGCAGAGACCAACCAGCAGCAGACCCGUCUCCAGGAGCUGGAGUCACAGGUGUCGAGUCUGGAGAGGGAGGCUGGUGAGCUCAAGGAGGCUAUGGAGCAACAGAAAGGGAAGAACAAUGACCUCCGAGAAAAGAACUGGAAGGCCAUGGAGGCACUGGCCUUAGCGGAGCGGGCCUGUGAGGAGAAGCUGCGGUCCCUGACCCAGGCCAAGGAGGAAUCAGAAAAGCAGCUCCAUUUGGCUGAGGCCCAGACAAAAGAGGUCCUGCUGGCCUUGCUCCCGGAACUUUCCAUCAUCUCAGCACACCAGAAUUAUGCCGAGUGGCUGCGGGAAGUCAAAGAGAAGGGCUCCAAGCUGCUGAAGAAACUACCUGCUUCUCUAGAGCCCUCCUCAGAUAUAGUCUCCAAGUUGAGGGAAGCUGAAGAGACCCAGAACUCCUUGCAGGCUGAGUGUGACCAGUACCGCACUAUCCUGGCGGAGACGGAGGGGAUGCUCAAAGACCUGCAGAAGAGUGUGGAGGAGGAGGAGCGUGUGUGGAAGGCCAAGGUGGGAGCUGCUGAAGAGGAGCUCCAGAAGUCACGGGUCACAGUGAAACAUCUGGAAGAUGUUGUGGAGAAGCUAAAAGGAGAACUUGAAAACUCAGAUCAGGUGAGGGAGCACACUUCACUUUUAGAAGCAGAGUUGGAGAAGCACAUGGCAUCUGCCAAUGCACAGUGCAAGACGUAUGCCAAGGAGGUGGCAGGGUUGAGGCAGCUUCUGUUAGAGUCUCAGUCUCAGCUGGAGGAAGCCAAGAGUGAAGCCCAGAAACAAAGGAAGGAGCUUGCCCUGGUCAGGCAGCAGUUGAGUGACAUGAAGAGCCACGUAGAGGAUGGUGACGCUGCUGGGUCUCCAGCUGUCCCUCCAGCCGAGCAGGACCCUGUGAAGCUGAAAACACAGCUGGCGCGGACAGAAGCCAUCCUGGACGACGAGCAGGCGCAGCGGCAGAAGCUCAAAGCUGAAUUUGAGGAGGCUGAGAACACAGCAUGUCGGUUACAAGAACUGGAGAAGCUCCGUGCUGCUGGCUCCCAGGAAUCUUCAGGAAUAGAAGACGUCACACAGCUGAAGGAGAGACUAGAAAAAGAGAAGAGGUUAACGAGUGACCUGGGGCGUGCUGCCACCAAACUCCAGGAGCUCUUGAAGAUAACCCAGGAGCAGCUGAUGAAAGAGAAGGACACAGUGAAGAAGCUGCAAGAACAGCUGGAAAAAGCAGAGGAUGGUUGCAGCUCAAAGGAGGGAACCUCCGUCUGAGUCUCCUCGGCAAACUGUUCAACUUACCAAAAUGCCUUACACAUUCCUUACAAAUCAACCAACCAACACAGCGUUAUCCAGGCCCAACUUCCAGUGAAGCCAUUGGAGACAAGUCUCAGAACCACAGAAAUAAAUCUUCCAGACCCCCAGUCUGUAAAAGAACCGUUAGAACUGUUGUCACAUUUGAUAAACACUAUUCCCGGGAGCAGCCCUGGACCACCUCGAACAGACGCCAAAGCCCUCAUCAAUGCUGACAGACCAGGGUGUGCUGGGAGUCCAGGAUGCUCGGGAUUUAUGUCAAUCAGUGCAAUUGUCUGUAUUUCUCAGUGGGGCCGGGUCGGGAAGCAACAGGCCAGGGGGUGAGUUCUCAGAGGCUGCUGAGCAGACUGGAGGGCCUUGGCCCAGCCCAGCAAGGCGCAGCCCCUCACCCCUGGAAGUUGCCAAGCAGAACUGACAUGUGACUGCCUGGAUGUCAAUGCCAUUAAAACCAACGUGUUGCCCGGCA